AUGACAGAUUUUGACCAAGAUUUACGGUUUUUGACAGCUUUCACCGAGGGCUUCCGCGCGUUUCCCUGGACUGAAAGCGGCUUCUUGGUAAAGGACCAUCUGAAGCAGGACCUGCACGUGCCCGUGCCAUCACAUUCACACUCUUCAGGUUUCAGUGCGUUCCCCUGGACGGGCAUCAGCAUUCUGGUGAAGGACCAUCUGAAGCUGGGCCCAGCAGCAGCGCAGCUCAUGACCUCCACUGCCUACAUGCCGUGGAGCGUGAAGCCAUUAUAUGGAAUCCUAUCUUAUGUGCGCCUAUAG